AGUGCACUGCAACGCUUCCUGUAUUUUACUGGUGAAUCAUAGACCUGUUGUGAGUUACUGUACUAGUUCCCAUCGUUAGUCGGCAGAAUACUUCCCCAAAAAUAGGCGUACUGUUGAGUAUUAUAGUUGUCUUCCUGCAGAUAAUUGAGACUACUUGUUAAGAUCCUCAACAAAUACAAUAAAAUGUCGAAAAUAGAGGAUGUUUUGUUCCAGUUGAAGUUUACUACCAAACAGCUGGAGAGGUCGGCCAAAAAAUGUGAGAAAGAACAAAAAACGCAGCAGGCAAAAGUGAAGAAGGCCAUAGAACAGAAGAACAUCGAGGGAGCCAGGAUAUAUGCCGAGAAUGCCAUCAGGAAGAAAAACGAAGGGCUAAAUUUCUUGCGGAUGGCGUCGCGAGUAGAUGCCGUCUCCUCUAGAGUGCAGUCGGCAAUGAUGAUGAAGGAUCUUUCAAAGAGCCUGGGUUCGGUAGUGAAAGGACUGGACUCAGUAAUGAGGAGCAUGGAUUUGCAAAAGAUUGCAGGCGUCAUGGAGAAGUUUGAGAAGCAGUUUGAAGACUUGGAUGUGCACACCCAGGUGAUGGAGGGUUCGAUGGGACAGGCCACCACCCUGACCACUCCCGUGGACCAGGUGGACAAACUCAUCCUGGAGGUGGCAGAGGAGAACGGCCUAGAGAUGAUCUCUGAGCUGAAUGAGGCACCCAUCGCCACCGGAUCACUCUCAGUGGCUUCAACAUCGAGAACGGUCCGGGAUGAAGACCGGCUGGAUCAAAGGUUAAGGGCUCUUAGGGAGUAAAAUGAGUGGAGGGGGAGCCAUUGCUUGGAAAGGGGAAAUGGUGGGGAGGGGUUUGGGGUCAUGGGAAGAGUAUGAGAAGAUUCACUGGGGAGAUUAACAGGUGUAAAUGUUGCCUUGAUCAGCCCACUGUCGUUCUUACUGUAACGGAAUGUAACCAUUUCAGAUUUAUUUGACUAUGAUCAUAGGCAAGUAGCAUAAAUGUUUAAUUAGGAAUCAGAGCUUUCUAAAAUUGAACCCAAUUAUGCAAUUGUCGGAUGGAAACACUUUGUGCCGAGAAAUACCAGUAGGAAUGGGAAGGUGAGUUGCCUUCAGUGUUUGUCUAAGAAGACGGUACAAAUUGUGGCUGGCCAGUGCUUUUCCAUUUUUUUGGAGGGGGUAAAUAUUUUUAUUAUUUCUUUAUGUCAUCCUUGUUAGGCUAAAUUUUGGGACUUUUCAUGUGGCUUGGGGUCGAAGGGAAGUGAAGGAAAAAUCAUCCUUUCUUCACCAGGGAAAAAAAAAGUCGGGGGGGGGGUUAGCCCCAUUUCCUCCCCCCCCCAUCUGUCAGUAGUAGUCAUGUAAGGCAAUACUGAUUAGCAAAUGUGGGCAAACAUCACCUAGGGAACCAGUUGCAAGCAGCAUACAUCGUGUUACAUCUUGGUCGGUACCCUGUUUUUUGCCAAGCAAAUAUUUUCUGCACUUAUCAGAUGACCAUGACCAUCAACUCUACGAAGUUGGGCCAUCAUGCUAGGCUGUGUCCAAAUGACUUGGCUGUGGCUAGAUGUAAUACGCGCACCUAUGGAAGCUGCUGGCUAGUGGCUUCACAGCAAUACCCAGAGACACGUGUUAUUUCCAGCCAUAGCCACAUCAUUUGGAGGUAGCCUUACAUUUGAGUUUGAUUUUUUGGUUGUCAUAACAAAAUUUCUACAUUGAAUCCAGAUGCCCCCCCUCAAAACUUUGUCACACUUGCAGACUUGAAAUAAGUUACUCUGAACAAAACUACUUUAAAUAGAUGUUUAAGUGCAUCUGUAGAGAAUACAUAAACAUGUAAAUACAUCUUUACUAGUCAUGUUUGGUGUGUUUUCAGUUGUUUCAUUUAAAGUCUUUGAGAAAUUAUCUUGUAGAAUUCUGUAUAAACAUUCACUGUUGAUAAAAAUAAGUAAUAGCUGUUCACACAAGAGUUUCUUUAAAACAGAAAAUUUACAUAUAAAAGUUGUUUUCUUUAAAAAUGUACGGAUUUGUUCCUUAGCUUAGUAUUUGCAAAAGCUUCGGAUGUUUACCUAGAAUCCCUUUAGGCUAGUGUCAAUGACAUUGUCAACUUAAUGAUCAGCAAGUCAAAAAAGUUACCAUUGUCAAUGUAGACAAAUUUGUCAACCUUUCUAACAAUGUCAGUGUCACUGUACUUGAUUUUUAAGCGUACGGAAUAAAGCAGAUAUAUGCACACCUCAUUUCA